AUGGCUGAAGAGUGGUUGGGGAGUCUCGUGUCCAUUCACUGUGGGGAGACUCUUGGUGUCUACCAAGGAGAGAUCUCAUCCAUAGAUACAUCCAGUCAGACCAUGUCCCUGCGACAGCCCUUCCACAACGGUAUCCGGUGUCCAAUUCCUGAGGUAACUUUCAGUGCCGUGGACAUUGAGGAUCUGCGGAUCCUGGAGUUUGGGAACAAUAAUAAUAAUAAUGAUAAUAAUAAUAACAACAGUAGAAAGGCUGGCCACAGCAUGAGUGCUUGUCCUAGUCUGCAGCCAGGAGGACUCGUCGCUCAGAAUAACAGAGACGCAGCUACCCCCAGCACUGCCUCCGUAACCACUCUGUGCAAAAGUCAGUUCCCAUCUACAGGCCCCUCGGGUAACGAGGUCCUCAGCCAGGCCGCACCUAAACCGAGCGGCGUGAACGACAGCUCCGUCGGCGGCCGGCGGAGGACGAGAGACGAGGAGAGUCUCGGGAAAGGCAGGGACGAGGGACUGGACGCAGUUUUCGACUUUGAGGGAAACUUGGCCCUGUUCGACAAGGAGUCCGUCGUCUCUCAAAUCGACGGGUCGGAGCGCCGUGGUAACGCCACGCGGUCUGAAGUCCCGGCGAAAGAACGGACUGUUUCCCGAUACCGUCGUGAGGAGAACGUCCUGGAGACCAAACCUGCCGUGUUUCGCCAGAUUACAGCCCCUCAGUGUGGGGGCAAGGAAUACUUCACUGACUAUGGACUGCUGGUACCCACUGUUCCCUAUGAGCUGUAUAAGUCGCUGUUGGCAGCAGCGGAGCGGCAUGGCCUCACCCUGGAGCGCAGGCUGGAGAUGAUGGGCGUCUGUGCCAGCCAGAUGGCGCUCACACUGCUGGGAGGCCCCAACCGACUGAACCCGAAGAAUGUGCACCAGAGGCCCACGGUGGUUCUGCUGUGCGGCCCGCACCUGCAGGGAGCCCAGGGCAUCAGCUGCGGCCGGCACCUGGCCAAUCACGAGGUGGAUGUCGUCUGCUUCCUGCCCAACUUCGUCAAGAUGCAGGAGUCAAUCACCAACGAGCUGUCUCUCUUCACCAAGACCGGGAGCAGACAGGUGUCCAACGUCAGAGACCUGCCCGUCAGCCCAGUGGACCUGGUCAUCAACUGUCUGGACUGUCACGAGAAUGUCUUCCUGAAGGAGCAGCCGUGGUACCGGGCCGCGGCCGACUGGGCCAAUCAGAACCGGGCCCCGGUGCUCAGUAUAGACCCCCCGGUGAACGAGCCGGAGCAGGCAGUGGAGGCCAAGUGGUCCCUGUGUCUGGGGCUGCCCUUGCCGCUGGCUGAGACGGCGGGUCGUAUCUACCUCUGUGACGUCGGCGUGCCCAGGCAGGUCUUCCAGGAAGUGGGCAUCAGCUACCACUCGCCCUUUGGCAGCAAGUUUAUCAUCGCCCUGCAUGCUGCCUAG